CAUCUAAAAUGUUAAGAAAAAAAUGUUUUUAUUUGUACCAUCAAUUUAAACCUGAUGUUUUAGAUGUAGGAAGUAUGACAUCAACUUCUCUUUAAUAAUAUAAUGAUAAAAUUAUCUGGCAUAUUUGUUAGGAGUGUGACAUAUCGAGUCAUAGGACUCAAUGUUUUGUGUUAUUACAAAAUAGGAUAUAAUCACAGCACAAUUUAGAGGUCUGUGAUAUUAAAAGAUUUUAGCCAGUUGCCAACUUGCAGUAUAAAAUUACAGACCUCAAAAGAGGAAAGCAUGUCCAUGUAUGGUAAAAGCCACUGUACCCCUUACACUACCCUUAAAAACAUCACUGACUAGUAUUCAAAAUAAUUUUUUGUGAGGUAAUUGGUCAAUUCUCUGUGUCAAGUAAUACACAUUGUGCUAUGUAACUGAACUGGGAUUUAGGGGCAAGAGUGUGCCCAUUUAGUAGUAGCUUGUACAAUAUGUGGCUGCAAUUGAUAGUUUGUAUGACUGAAAUAAUUUAGCUUGGAUAACACCAAGAUAAAUUUAUAGUGUUAAAAGUAAUAUGGGGCCAGUUUGUAGGUGUGUGCCAAAAGAGAUCCAGUCUCUUCUGGAAAAGAGUACAAUAUCUGAGUUAUAUCACCAAGCACCCAACUUCUGUCAUGUUAAAUGCAUGGUCAAAAUUUUUUUUAAAAAGCCAUUUCAUUAUUUUAUAUGUAGUGUAGUGUAGAGUGUAGAAUGUCUCUCAUGUGCUUGGAAACACUCUGGAAUAUACUGUAUAUCUUACUUAAAAUAAACUGCUAUUAGAGAGUAUUUCCAUUGCAGCAUUGCCAAUUCUGUCUGGUCACAUCGCACAGUAUGGAGACUUGGCAGUAAUAUUAGAGACGCCUGAGAUGAAGAGGUGUGACAAGCACAUGGUGCGGAAGGGAGGAGACACUACCUUGUAAGGAAUAGUCAACAAAUCGUCAUGGGCAUGGACUAGGACAGUGGCCAGGAAAGCCUCUCCUUAUCAAACUACAGAACAUCAUUAUAGAUAAUAUCUAUGUGGCUUCUGAAAAUGUUUUUUAGUUUUCCGUGGAUUCUUUGUAGUGGUCACUUUCUAUUCUCAAACAUUUCUAUUGUUCAUUAUACCUGAGAUGUUUGCCCAAUGAAAUGUCUGUUUUCCAAAGAUAUAAAUGUUAAUAUAAUUCCCAGUCAUCCCAGCUAAUUCUUCUGAGUGGUCUUCUUUGCUCUGUUGCUUUGGACUGGUGCUGGCCCGCCUGAGUGGAGAGUGACAUCACGAGUACCCCUCGUAAGCAGCUGUCCCUCAACGUCACAGAAUGCUCCCGGAUCUGACCGUGUGAUUGUUUUCCAACUGAGACAGCAUGAGCACGUACAAGUCCAAGGCUAUAAAGACCACAUGUAAGUACUAGUCCUCAUUCAAACUCAGUUUUCCAACCAGAGGGAACUAAGACUAAGCUGCUCCAAAAACAUUUGAAGAUGGAACACACAAUUGAGGAAUACUGUGCGCACGCUGCUUCGGUGAUGGCCAAAUUAAACCACCAGAGAACGCAGGCUCAGUUCUGUGACUGUGUCAUCAGGAAGGGACUAGGUCAGGUCUACCCUGUGCACAGGUGCAUCUUGGCUGCCUCCAGCCCAGUGCUUGCUUCUAUUCUGGAUUCUAGUGGCAUUCUUGUAGAGCUGGAGGCCCCUUGUUUAUCUGACCACAUCCUGGGACAUUUGCUGGACUACAUCUACACUGGCACUUUACCACACUUGGAUUACAACCUUUAUUCGUAUUUGCUUGCUGCUGCUCAAUACCUGGAGAUGGAUGAACUACAACUAACUAUAAGGACUAAGGUGGCAGAUACACUGGAAUAUUACAAUACAACUGAUGAAGCCCAUAGUUUUUCUUUAUUACCACCUGGGAUAGAUUGUUCUAAAAACCCAUCAGAAUCUCCACUCCACUAUUGGAAUGAUGGUAUCUACAUGAAAAGCAGACCAGAUGCCUUCAAUUGUGUAAUAUCAGAGACUGAUCAGACAUCUUGUAUUACAGGGAGCUCUGGUCAAAAGCAACAACUGUCAACAGUGUGCCAAGACAGGGAGAAGAGUCAGUCAUCUGGAGUCAUAAAACCAGAGACUGGGCAAGGAAACAAACGGGAAGAGGCCAGACUACAUCCAUUUGUCUCAACUCAAGUGCAAGAGAAUAAACCAACCCAAGUUGAGAGGAUACAAGAUGUUUGCAAACAUGACAACGUUAAAGCUGAAGAAAUACAAUCAAAUUCAGGAGAAGACAAGAGCCAUAACUCUUCAUGCAGUUCUACAUCUGUUAUCCGCCAUAGCAGCAGAGUAAUAAGAGCGCAUGAGGAAAAUGUGGCUAUAAAACUUCCUCAUGACACUGAGCCCUGCACUGGCCAGACCCUGACAGGAAGAACAUAUUGUGCCAUUGCUGAAGAUACAAAGACCUCAGAUCUCCAUUCCAACUACCAGGAUGUGGAAUACAUACCUGCUUCUGACAGCAGCUGUAGUGUGAAUCUGUUAGGGAACAAUAAUCCUGACACCUUUCAGAAAGACUCAAAUAAAAAUGAACAGUAUGGAAUUUCUACAAAAAAUACAACAUGUAUUUCACAAGUUCACAAUGCGGCUAAACUUGUUGAUGAAAUAUCGGAUGCAAGAAUAAGGUUUAGAGAAAAAAGGAUAUAUGCCAAGAGAAAACUAAAAGAGGAAAACGGUGACAAAAGCAGCAAAUCAGCAAAAACUGACAUGGCAUGUUCUGCUUCUGCUGUGACUGAAACCUGCACAGAUUAUUUCUUUACUUCUGAACAAAACGCACAGCUGGAAAACAAAAAUACAACAACAACAUUAUAUAGGAGUCUAUCAGAGCCACCAGAAGGAAACACGUGUCUGCCUGCUUAUACUGAUACUCAACGUUCAUACAGUGGGCAUCUUUUUUACCACUGUGAAUCCAUGACUAGUCACAUAUCAUUUGCACCCAAUUUCAGCCCUACAUUUUCAGACAAUGAUCCAACUACAACAUUAGACGAAGGGCAAGUUGUUUUGUUGGAUAUUAGUUCUAAGUCAUCUGACACGUUGGUGUCUUAUAAACGCACUUCAGAAACACAUGCAGCUGGUGGUUUAAAUGAAAUAAAGAAGGAUCAUGAUAAGACUCAAAACAGUAAAGGAGCUAAUAAUAGUAUAACAUAUUGUCAUGAAGAAGGAGUGGAUAUCUUGACGAGCUGUACUUCUGCUUGUGGUAAAAAGUGUGCACACAAUUCAACUGUUUCAAUGUCUGUCUCUCAUCUUAUACCUUCGCCUAGUAUGCAACCAAAUGUGUCAGACUUGUUGUCACCUGUGCAGCAAACCUUCCAGUGCUCUCUGUGUGAGCGCUCCUUCAGCCAGAGAGGAUCUCUGAACAGACAUGUGAGGAGCCAUCUUGGAGUUCGGCCAUUCCCCUGUCCACAGUGUCCCAUGUCAUUUUCACGGCAGUACCGUGUGGUAGAACACAUGCGUGUUCACCAGCGCUCUGCCCUCGGGAUGGACUUCCCAAAACCACCAGCCUCUUCAGUUUAAAUUCUCUUCUGUACAGCAACAUAUACAAUUACUACUAGACUAAAUAGUUUUUUGUACUAAGACCAGUAAGGCACAUUACAAUCUGCUAAUAAUGCAGCAACAAACAUACACACUGAAACAACUGAUUACUCCAAGUACAUUAUUUAUAGAGGAAAUUGCCUAUAUGUGCUCAUACAACUAAGCUAUGUGUCAUUUUGAGUAAUAAUUAUAUUCACUUUGUCAAAUGGCAUAAUGCCUCUUUAGGGUUGAAAUAUUGAACAAC